CGCGGCUGCUGCCGGCGAGCGAGCUGCGUGGCGGGGGGAACCGGAGGCCGAGCGCGGCGGCGGCGGCGGCGGCGCUAGAAGCGCACCCAGCGGGCACAGCGAGCAGACUCGUGGUGCGGCGGGCACCAGGAGGCAAGAGCCGGUGCGGUCGGUAGGCGGCGGUUGCAGCUCCUUGGCGGCGGCUGCAAGGAUGCUGCCCGGGAGGCUAUGCUGGGUGCCGCUCCUGCUGUCGCUGGGCGUGGGGAGCGGCAGCGGCGAUGGUGGCGACAGCCGGCGGCGCCGCCUCCUCGCCGCUAAAGUCAACAAGCACAAGCCAUGGAUUGAGACGUCAUAUCAUGGAGUCAUAACUGAGAACAAUGACACCGUCAUUUUGGACCCACCACUGGUGGCCCUGGAUAAAGACGCACCAGUUCCUUUUGCAGGGGAAAUCUGUGCAUUCAAGAUCCAUGGCCAGGAGCUGCCCUUCGAGGCCGUGGUGCUCAACAAGACGUCAGGGGAGGGGCGGCUUCGUGCCAAGAGCCCCAUCGACUGUGAGCUGCAGAAGGAAUACACGUUCAUCAUCCAGGCCUAUGACUGUGGUGCCGGGCCCCGGGAGACAGCCUGGAAGAAGUCGCACAAGGCUGUGGUCCAUAUCCAGGUGAAAGAUGUCAACGAGUUUGCUCCCACCUUUAAGGAGCCAGCCUACAAGGCCGUGGUGACGGAGGGCAAGAUCUACGACAGCAUCCUGCAGGUGGAGGCUGUCGAUGAGGACUGCUCCCCCCAGUACAGCCAGAUCUGCAACUAUGAAAUCGUCACAACAGAUGUGCCUUUUGCCAUUGACAGAAAUGGCAACAUCAGAAACACCGAGAAGCUGAGCUACGACAAGCAGCACCAAUAUGAGAUCCUGGUGACGGCCUAUGACUGUGGACAGAAGCCCGCUGCUCAGGACACCCUGGUGCAGGUGGACGUGAAGCCAGUUUGCAAGCCUGGCUGGCAAGACUGGACCAAAAGGAUUGAGUAUCAGCCCGGCUCGGGGAGCAUGCCCUUGUUCCCCAGCAUCCACCUGGAGACGUGCGAUGGAGCUGUGUCCUCCCUCCAGGUCAUCGCGGAGCUGCAGACCAACUACAUAGGGAAGGGCUGUGACCGGGAGACCUACUCUGAGAAAUCCCUUCAGAAAUUAUGCGGAGCCUCCUCUGGCAUCAUUGACCUCUUGCCAUCCCCCAGUGCUGCCACCAACUGGACCACAGGACUGCUGGUGGACAGCAGUGAGAUGAUCUUCAAGUUUGACGGCAGGCAGGGUGCCAAGAUCCCUGAUGGGAUUGUGCCCAAGAACCUCACGGACCAGUUCACUAUCACCAUGUGGAUGAAGCACGGCCCCAGCCCGGGCGUGAGAGCCGAGAAGGAAACCAUCCUCUGCAACUCAGACAAAACCGAGAUGAACCGGCAUCACUACGCUCUGUACGUGCACAACUGCCGCCUCGUCUUCCUCUUGCGGAAGGACUUCGACCAGGCCGACACCUUCCGCCCGGCUGAGUUCCACUGGAAGCUGGACCAGAUUUGUGACAAAGAGUGGCAUUACUAUGUCAUCAAUGUGGAGUUUCCUGUGGUUACCUUAUAUAUGGAUGGAGCGACAUAUGAACCAUACCUGGUGACCAACGAUUGGCCUAUUCAUCCAUCUCAUAUAGCCAUGCAACUUACAGUCGGUGCUUGUUGGCAAGGAGGAGAAGUCACCAAACCUCGGUUUGCUCAAUUCUUUCAUGGCAGCCUGGCCAGUCUCACCAUCCGCCCUGGAAAAAUGGAAAGCCAGAAGGUGAUAUCCUGCUUGCAGGCCUGCAAGGAAGGGCUGGAUAUUAAUUCCUUGGAAAGCCUUGGCCAAGGAAUAAAGUAUCACUUCAACCCAUCACAGUCCACGCUGGUAAUGGAAGGAGAUGAUGUGGGGAACAUUAACCAUGCCCUCCAGAAGGUCUCCUACAUCAACUCCAGGCAGUUCCCCACAGCGGGUGUGCGGCGCCUCAAAGUCUCCUCCAAAGUCCAGUGCUUUGGGGAAGAUGUGUGCAUCACCAUCCCUGAUAUAGACGCCUAUGUGAUGGUCCUGCAGGCCAUCGAGCCCCAGAUCACCCUCCGGGGGACAGACAGCUUCUGGAAACCUGCAGCCCAGUUUGAAAGUGCCAGAGGAGUGAUCCUCUUCCCUGACCUCAAGAUUGUGAGCACUUUAGCAAAAGCCGAAGCCCCAGGGGAUGUGAAAACCACAGCCCCCAAAUCAGCAGUCCUAGAAGAAAUGCUUCACAACUUAGAUUUCUGUGACAUUUUGGUCCUUGGAGGAGACUUGGACCCAAGGCAGGAGUGCUUGGAGCUCAACCAUAGUGAGCUCCACCAACGACAUCUGGAUGCCACUAAUUCUACUGCAGGCUACUCCAUCUAUGGUGUGGGCUCCAUGAGCCGCUAUGAGCAGGUUUUGCAUCACAUCCGCUACCGCAACUGGCAUCCAGCUUCCCUUGAGUCCCGGAGGUUCCAGAUCAAGUGCUCAGAACUCAAUGGGCGCUAUACUAGCAAUGAGUUCAGCAUGGAGGUCAGCGUCCUUCAUGAAGUCAGAGUUUCAGACAAGGAGCAUGUCAACCACCUAGUUGUGCAGCCUCCCUUCCUGCAAUCUGUCCAUCAUCCUGAGUCCCGGAGUAGCAUCCAGCACAGUCCAGUAGUCCCAAGCAUCGCCACGGUGGUCAUCAUCAUCUCUGUGUGCAUGCUCGUGUUCGUCGUGGCUAUGGGUGUGUACCGAGUCCGCAUCACCCACCAGCACUUCAUCCAGGAGACUGAGGCUGCCAAGGAGGCUGAAAUGGAUUGGGACGACUCUGCGCUGACUAUCACAGUCAACCCCAUGGAGAAACAUGAAGAACCAAGGUGUGGGGAAGAUGAGACUGAGGGAGAGGAGGAUGAGGAAGAAGCAGAGGAAGACAUAAGCUCCAGCAGCAGCGACUCAGAUGACAGUGAAGAGGAGGAAGAGGAGGAAGGGGUGGGCAGAGGCAGACACGGGCAGAGUGGAGCCAGGCAAGCCCAGCUGGAGUGGGACGACUCCACCCUCCCCUACUAGUGCCCAGAGGCCUGCUGCCCUGCCCAUGUGUCCCUUUUGUAGACCCCAACCUGAUGUAUGCCCACGUCCAUCACACCUCGCCUCUGAUUUCUCUGACAGGUCUGGAAAGGCCUUCUCCAGCCUUCUGGAAACAACCUAUCCUUACACCUCGGGUAGUCCCUGUGUUCCAGCCAUGGGGCAGUUCCAAGAAGCCCAGUGUGGUCACCAGUAGGGACUUCAGGGUGGACUUUGUCCUGUAGCCCCCACUGCUCCUGUGCUGUCACCAGUCUGCAGAGUUCUAAAUUUGCUCUUUUUGGCUGGAGAGAAGGUUUAUGUCACUCACCUCCAUAGGUUCGGUGUCCCCAAGGCCCUUUGGUUCCAACUCACUGUGUGUCCACCUCACUAAAUUAUUGUCUCCACACAGACUGGCAAGUCCUUAUGCUGACUCUAGGUGGCUUCAUAUAGGGACAAUGGUUGAACUUCACGUACCUAAGCUCUUAGUGCUCAACACUUUGAAGGGAAAGUCUUGCUGAAACAGUUAAGUUUACAGGGAAAGGCAUAUGCUUUCCCUCCCUCUCUCUUCUCUCUCUCUCUCCCCUCACCUUGGAGAGCAUUUUCUUCUGCUUCUUUAUGAGGCCACAUAAGCUUAUAUGGAAAGUAUGAACUCCCACAUGGGUCCUUGACCAUAAGCAGAGCCUAGUCCCUAGCCAAAGCUAUCUGAGCCACCUGCCUGGGAAGCCACUGAGACUUGCAUAGCUGCCUUGCCCAGGCCACUUACCACAGAAAACUACAGGACCCAAGACCCAUGCCUCACAGGCACUUUCCCAGG